AUGAAACCCUCUACUCUCUCUUUCUUGCUAGGCCUGAGCCUCUCCAGCAUUGCCAGCGCCCGCACAGACUUGGAAGGCUGCGUCUCCUCCGAAGUAGUCAUCAACUGGGGCGCCAGCUACCUCUGGUACGUGCCUGGCACCGGCGAAAUCUGCACAUUCCUCGACUGCGGUGGCGGCCGCGCUCCACCCAAAACCAACCAGCCCGGCUGUCCUCUGUACUCCGGCACCGCGACUGUCACGGCAAGCUAUAUUGAGGGCUAUGGGCCGAAUGGCAAGCAGGCUGCUUCCACGACUACUGCUGUGGCUACUACCUCGACCUCCGCCGCGGAGAGUACAUCUGACUCCUCUUCCUCUUCGUCCUCGUCUUCGUCUUCAUCUUCAUCCGCGACUGGAGGUGAGGCGGGGCUUCAGGCUCUCGCUUCGAGCUAUUCUGUCACGGACUCUGAUGGAAGUAUGAUCACUGCUGCUCCCACGAGCUCGCCUGCUGUUUCCAUGACUACCACUACUUCGCCCGUCUCUAGCGACUCGGCUGCAGCGAGCAGCACCCCCACUGGUAACGCUGCUAAUACCGCUGGGUCGGACAUUGGUGCUGUGGCUCUGAUGGCUAUGGUCGGUGCUAUGUUCCUGUAA